UACAGCCCAUGGCUGGUGGAAUUGGGUCACAACAGCAAGCAAUUUAAUGGCCAUAGGCCCAUAAAAAGCAAAUGAUCUUGGGGUGGUUGGGCCUCGGGAAAAUCCCUUCUCUUUGCUCUGGUUUUUAUCUGCUUUGCUUCUUGUUUGUCCAGGAGCGUCCAAUCCCCCCAUUAUUAAUAAACCCACUUCUACUUUUUCCCUUUAAAUUACCGUAAGAAUUUGGUGAAAAAAAAAAAAGAGGAGUUCAGAGGAGUUUCAAUAUUUAGUUGAUCAUGCGUCGGAAGAAGGCCAGAGCUAAACGGCGAGUCGUCCGAUCGAGCGAGGAAGACGAGGUGGAGGUCGAAAUGAAGGAUCCGGGAUCUUCAGAGAAUGUUGUGGAGGCUGCUAAGGCUGGUAACGAGAGAGUGAAGGACAUUGAUCGGGAGAUUGAUUGUUUUAAAGAGGAGUUUGAAGAAGUCGAGAAUGUGGUAAGUGCUGUCAUGGAAAUGGACACAAUAAUUCAACAGGAUCAAAUAAACAACGGCGGUUACGCUGUUGAAAAUGAAUCGAAUUUUAAUGAUGGAAAUAUUGUUGAAAAUAAAUCGAAUAUUGAAACAAUUGCUGUAAAUGGUUUGGAAGGUGGUGAGAAAUCCGAUAAUUUGGAUGCUAGUUUGAAGUGUAGUAAAUUUGAGGAGACACUCGAGGAAGGGAGUGUUAGGGGACGAAAUUUCAAUUCGAACAUCGAAGUUACUGAUAUGGAUUCAGGGAAUGAAAUUGAGAAUGGUGAGGAAGCCGAGGUUCAUGCAAAUGCAGAACAGGAAUCAGUUGAAGGGGAGCCUUCUACUGCUAGAAUUAGAGUCAUGAAAUUUGAUGGGCAAAUUGAUGACAGUUACAUCAAUAAGGAGGAUGAUGAUGGGGAAAAAAUGCAGGAGAGCAGAGAUGACCGGGAUCAGAAUGAAGACAUUGAAGUUAGUGAUGUGAAUGAAGUGCCUCCGGUAUUUAACCAUGAUUCUCUAACUGAGCCAAAGAAAGAAAAGCAACUGGAAAUACAUGUUGGAGGUCUGCAUAAAGAUACAGUUGAACAAGACUUGUUUGAAAUAUUUGGAAAGUUUGGGAAAGUCCAAAUUGCAAGGAUUGUGAGGCAUCCAAUCACAAAUAAAAGUAAAGGAUUUGCUUUUAUUCAAUUUGCUACUGUUGAGCAAACUAAGAAAGUUCUUUCUGAUUACAAGGAUGGGAUAGAGGUGAGAGGGAGGCAUGCUAAGUUAUCAAUUAGCCGAGACCGUGAUAUACUUUAUCUGGGAAAUAUUUGUAAAACAUGGACCAAAGAGGAUGUGCUUCGGAAGUUGAAUGGUUAUGGAAUUGAAGACCUUGAUGAGAUACAAGUACCAAAUGAUCCUAAGAAUGAGGGAAAGAAUAAAGGUUUUGCUUUAUUGAGAUUCAACACUUGCUCUGAUGCAAAGGCUGCAUUCCAUCGUUUAAGGAAGCCAGAUGCAGUUUUUGGCAAUGCAAAAAGUGCUAAAGUUGCCUUUGCUCGCACCCCAAUGCAUUCAAGAGAGGAAGUUCAAUUACAGGUGAAAACUAUUUAUGUCGAGGGGAUACCAAAGUCUUGGGAUGUACAGAAACUUAAAGAGAUCUGUGAACAGUAUGGGGAGACUAAAAAGGUUAAAAUAUCCCGGAAUUUUUGCAGUAAAGGCAAGGAUUUUGGAUUCAUUUCUUUCACUUCCCGUGAGAAUGCAGUAGCUUGUGUGGGAGGGAUGAAUAAAUUGCAGUUUGGAGGAAAUGUAAAGGUUAAAGCUGAUAUUGCAAGGCCCCUUGUUGGAGGGUGCCCGCAAAAGAGCUCUUGUGGAGGGUUGAAACUUGGUAAAAGACAUAGAAGCACUUGUUGGUGGAAGAUGAAAGGCCAUGCCAGGUCUGAAGGGGCUAAAAAAGGGAGUGAUAUGAAAGCACAGACUGUUAUAUACAAGUCUAAGAUUAGAGGGACCAAAGAGAAAGUAGCAGGAGUUGCUCAUAAAAAUAAUCAGGAUCCUUUGAAUUCAAAGCAUACCAUAGAAGAUGAAAACAAUGAACACCAAAGGAUUGCCCCUGAAGUUCAUGAUGCUGGAGCUGGACUGUCUACCAAGCUUGAGAAAACUGAUGACAAGAGAAAGAAUAGAAAGAGACAAAGGAACCGUUUGCAUAGAAAGAGGCUGUCAAAGAAACUUGAAGGUAGAUCACAAGGUCGACCUAGUCAUUCUUCUAUAAGUUCAAAGAGCAGAUCUCACUUAAGGAAGAGACCUAGCAGGGGUGCAGAUUCCGUUGCACAUAGAAUAUUAUUUAAAGAGGCAUAUGCUGCAUCCACAAGCGGGUAUCCAGGCUCGGCUUAUGUUGCUAUUUCUGGAUCCAAAAGGCUGUCUUCUGAUUUGGAACCCCAUGCGGGAUUCGUGCAGCCUGUGAAGCACAAGGACCGAUAUCUUGCAGGAUGUGUCACACCUGCUUUUCGACAUCAAAGGCCAACUUAUGCAGAUUAUCUUAAACUAGAUACUCACUAUGAAAGACAACCUCCUGCUAAGUACUUCAAACCUGCAAUUGGGAAAGAUGCCCUACCUCAUGCAGGAUUUCUUGAGGCUUCUUCAAGAAAGCAAAGCUUUGUUGUAGACGAUUAUCUAGCGAGAAGAACUGGUGAAUAUAACGGUCCAGGCAAUCAAGGGCCUGCUCACGAGGCAGGAUCAGCUUUUUCACGCCCCUAUGUUCCAAACCACUCGAGCUAUGCUAGAUACGAGGCCAGUGCUAGUGGCUAUCAUAGGGUUAGUGGAGCAUACCCACCGACUCAAACGUACUAUUGAACAGUCAAUUUGAGGAGUAAUUUCAUUCUCUAUUUCUAACAGAUUAGUCCUUGAAAAUGAUUUUCAAUAUUUUGAAGAUGGAACUUAUCUUAUACUUCCGUAUAUUUCUAUGGGGUGUAUGUAAGUAAAGCCAAUAGUGAUUCGGUUC